AUAUUUCUCUGUACAAAUCUUUAAAAACAAUUACCACUUUUCACAGUUGAAUGCAAGUUUCAUUUUAAAUGCAUAAGCUACACAGAUAUUAUUCUUUGUCUGCAAUUAUGUUUCAUUAUCGUCUAUAAGUCGAGAAAUAUUAAAAAUUCCCUUUAUAAAAGUCUUUUCGCACGAAGAGUAUAUACAGCUCCAUUUAUAGAUAGUAUAAAGCACGACGUUAAGAAGGAAAGACAGAACAAAAUCUAUAUCAAACUAUUCUUCCUUAUUUUUUAGUACUAAUUCAACUUAGAGUUUAUUAUGCAUCUUUUUAAUCGAGCAAUUUACAAACAAUUUGAAUUCUAAUUUGAUACCUUACCUUAUUGCAUCUAGUAUUAGCAUUUGUUGCAACAAGUCAUAGUUUAAUUUUUUUUUAAUUUGACUGAUUAACAGUUUAAUGAUUGAUUGACUGAUUUGACAGUUUAACUUUUAUGCAAUAUUAAUAAAUUUUAAAGGAGUUUAAUUAACAGUGGAGGAAAAUUUUAAUAAAAAAUUUUGUUUAAAUAAAAUGCAAGAUUUAGGAAAUAUUAAAAUUGCCGAGUUUACUUUUAAGACAAUGUCUUAUAUUGGACUUUGGCGACCGAUGUCUUUAAAAUCAUUAUGGGCAAUUCGAAUUUAUAAUUUUUGCACUAUUUUUGUGUUAUUAUAUAAUUUUUAUUUUUCUUUAACUUUUUUAAUCCACCUUUAUCAGAAUAAAAACAAGGCAGAAAUUUUUACAGAAAAUUUAUUUUGCUUUACAAAUACGUUCCUUUUAGUAUUUAAAAUAAUAUAUUUGAACUAUCGUAAACAAGACGUGAAAUUUUUAAUGAAAUUAUUUCGACAAAAACAAAAUCUUCCUCGUAAUAUUGAAGAGAAUGCAAUUUAUGAAAGGUUUCAAGAUAAAAAAAGAUUCAUUGAACGUAUUUCCGUGACUUCUAGUUUAUUUGCAGUAACAAUAUAUUUAUUUUUACCCUUAAUUAAUAGAAAAACAAUUUCUUUACCAUUGAAUAGAUGGAUUCCUUAUUCUAUUAAUUCUAAAACAAUAUUUUGGAUGACCUACAUAAAUGAUAUCAUAAUUGGUUAUGUUAUCACUUUAUCAUACGCAUCAUUGGAUUCGCUGUUUACAAUUUUUAUGCAACAAAUUGGCACUCACAUUGAGAUUCUGAUUAAUCGUUUAUUGAAAUUGCAGAAUAUUAGACAAAAUAGUAUUAAAAAAACAGAUAUUUAUCAACAAGAGUAUAACCUUGUAAAAGAUUGUGUAAAUCAUCAUCUUCUUAUAUUUUCAAUGGAAAACAAAUUCAGUGAAAUUUUUAGUCUCCCGAUAUUUUUUCAGUUCUUCGUUUCUAUAUUAAAUAUUUGUACCACUUGCUUUUGUCUAACCAAAGCUAAAGCAAAUAGUGGAUACUUUUGGUUGAUAAUAAUAAUAAUGACUUGUUUUACAUCUCAAAUAUUUAUCUAUUGCUUUAUGGGUGAAGAAUUGACCAGAAAGAGUAUAUCCAUUUCUGAUGAAAUAUAUAAAACAGAUUGGACUACAUUGACAAUAAAAACAAAAGAAAAAUUAAUUUUGAUGAUGAUGAGGACAAACCGACCAAUACAAUUUACAGGCGCUUCAAUAGUUACAUUAUCCAUAGAAACAUUUUUAAAAGUUGUAAAAACAUCUUACACGCUUUUUAACUUACUAAGGCAAACCAGUUAAACAAUAUUAGAUUUUAAAUAAUUAAAGUAUAAAUAAA